UGCUGGUUAUAUGUCUUCAUCUCUGACUCCGGAGAGGUGGGAUAAAAGGAUGUUCCACUUUGUCUCCCUCUUUUUUGUCCCAGAGAGUUAGGGAAAUUGAAAAGGGACAGUCCAGACCUCACACUGGUAGGGGAGAUCCCUUGGAUAAGUUUCCUGCUCCCCACUGUAAACUCCUUUGUGCCCUGUUUCCCCCAACCCCAGUUCAUGAGUUGGCAGAUCCCCUCUCUACAGAAGGCAGCAUGUAGAUGGAGAAACUGAGGCACAAACUAGGGGCUCAAACACCUCUUGCUCCUUGAUUGUCUGAAUCAGUUUCUCUUGAGGGUCAUAAGAAUGUUCUCUCAUCAGUCCCAUUCUUCUCAAUCCUCUGAGGAGGCUUCAGGGUGACUUUGGGAGGAGUGGCUUCCAGAGGAGGAGCAGCUGGGACUGAGUCAUGGCAGGAAGCUGAGGAGGGCGGGAGAUCACACCAGACAAUUAUAAAAGAAGAGCCGGUCGUGAAGCUCACAACAGUAACAGCCACCAGACAAGCUUCAGCGGCCAGCCCUUCACAUCCAGACUUGCCUGAGAGGACCCACCUCUGGGUGUCCAGUGGUCAGUUGCCCCAGGAUGGGGACCACAGCCAGAGCAGCCUUGGUCUUGACUUAUUUGGCUGUUGCUUCUGCUGCCUCUGAGGGAGGCUUCAAGGCUACAGGGCAGUGGCAGCUGAGGCCAGAGCACUUUCAAGAAGUUGGCUACGCAGCUCCCCCCUCCCCACCCCUAUCCCGAAGCCUCCCCAUGGAUCACCCUGAAACCUCUCAGCAUGGCCCUCCCUUUGAGGGACAGAGUCAAGUACAGCCCCCUCCCUCUCAGGAGGCCACCCCUUUCCAACAAGAAGAGCUGCUACCUGCCCAACUCCCUGCUGAAAAGGAAGUGGGUCCCCCUCUCCCUCAGGAAGCUGUCCCCCUCCAAAAAGAGCUGCCCUCUCUCCAGCACCCCAAUGAACAGAAGGAAGGUAAGCGGCUCCCUCUCUUCUUUACCCACCUUUACCCCAUGGCCUUCCCCGAGAGCAUGGGCUUCAGGGCAGACAAGAUGGUGGGCUCUGCCACUCACCAGUUAUAUAACCUUGGGAAUGCCAGCUCCAUUUGGGGACCAGAGCCAUCCAGAACCUGAGUCCUGGAAUGCAGCCCAGCACUGCCAACAGGGCCAGUCCCAAGGGGGCUGGGGCCACCGGCUGGAUGGCUUCCCCCCUGGGCGGCCUUCUCCAGACAAUCUGAACCAAAUUUGCCUUCCUAACCGUCAGCAUGUGGUAUAUGGUCCCUGGAACCUACCACAGUCCAGCUACUCCCACCUCACUCGCCAGGGUGAGACCCUCAAUUUCCUGGAGAUUGGAUAUUCCCGCUGCUGCCACUGCCGCAGCCACACAAACCGCCUAGAGUGUGCCAAACUUGUGUGGGAGGAAGCAAUGAGCCGAUUCUGUGAGGCCGAGUUCUCGGUCAAGACCCGACCCCACUGGUGCUGCACGCGGCAGGGGGAGGCUCGGUUCUCCUGCUUCCAAGAGGAAGCUCCCCAGCCACACUACCAGCUCCGGGCCUGCCCCAGCCAUCAGCCUGAUAUUUCCUCGGGUCUUGAGCUGCCUUUCCCUCCUGGGGCGCCCACAUUGGACAAUAUCAAGAACAUCUGCCACCUGAGGCGCUUCCGCUCUGUGCCACGCAACCUGCCAGCUACUGACCCCCUACAAAGGGAGCUGCUGGCACUGAUCCAGCUGGAGAGGGACUUCCAGCGCUGCUGCCGCCAGGGGAACAAUCACACCUGUACAUGGAAGGCCUGGGAGGAUACCCUUGACAAAUACUGUGACCGGGAGUAUGCCGUGAAGACCCAUCACCACUCGUGUUGCCACCACCCUCCCAGCCCUACUCGGGAUGAGUGCUUUGCCCGUCGAGCUCCUUACCCCAACUAUGACCGGGACAUCUUGACCAUCGACAUCAGUCGAGUCACCCCCAACCUCAUGGGCCACCUCUGUGGAAACCAAAGAGUUCUCACCAAGCAUAAACAUAUUCCUGGGCUGAUCCACAACAUGACUGCCCGCUGCUGUGACCUACCAUUUCCAGAACAGGCCUGCUGUGCAGAGGAGGAGAAAUUAACCUUCAUCAAUGAUCUGUGUGGUCCCCGACGUAACUUCUGGCGAGACCCUGCCCUCUGCUGUUACCUGAGUGCUGGGGAUGAACAGGUCAACUGCUUCAACAUCAAUUAUCUGAGGAAUGUGGCUCUAGUGGCUGGAGACACUGAGAACGUCAAGGGCCAGGGGGAGCAGGGCUCAACUGGAGGAACAAAUAUCAGCUCCACCUCUGAGCCCAAGGAAGAAUGAGUCACCCCAGAGCCCUAGAGGGUCAGAUGGGGGGAACCCCACCCUACCCCACCCCUUUGAACACUCAUUAAACACCUCUUGGAUUUGG